GCAACUCUGUCCCCUUCACACUCGUUCAGUAGCUCUGUCGCGCAACUCUUCUCCUGCAAUUUCACAAAAUCUUUCCUCUCCACUCUCACUCGUCAUUCAAUAUGUUCUUCUCCAAAUCUAUCUUGGUUGCUCUUAUCAGUGUCGCCGCUGUGGCGGCUAGGGUUCCGUCCCCUUCCUUCCCUGACUUGAUUGGAAGCAAGUCUGUUUACAUCACGGAUGACUCCACUCUCUCCGGCGGCAGCAGCUUCACUCCGGCCCCUACCGUUACUACCGCCACCAUUAUUCAGACUACUGAGAACCUCGGAGACGCUGGGCCGAUUAUGCCUGCGCACACCCCCCAUCCGUGAGUAUCUCUUUCCCAUCCUGUCUCAAUGCCAUGAUGAUUGACAAAUCAUUUGACUGAUAGGACCUAUAUCAACAGUUCUGUGAUUCUCACUGGGACUGUUACCGGCACCAUGGGUUCUCCGGGAAAUUCCAGUACCUCGCUUUCCCCCUCUCCAUUCCUAUAAAAACAAGACUAAUACCCAUCACAGAGAAUAUCUCCAAGACCAUGUCCAUCACUGGGUCCUCCACUAGGUUCCCCCUCAUGCCAAUUGUCACCGUCAACGGGACCAAGCCCACCGGGACAGCUACUCCGAGCAACGGUACCAACCGCACCACCACUAGUGCGACACUCACUCCAAUUCCCACCUCGUUGGGAUUGACUGUUACCCCCUACGGAGCCGCCUUCCUGGCCUUUCUGGUUGGUUUCGUUGUGAUGGGAUUGUAGAACUGGCUUGGUGGAGGCAAUUCUUUUUCUCUCAUUCAUUUGUAUCGUUUUUCUCGACCUGUUUGUGCAUCUCACGAGAUUCCAUGGGGAGGCUAGAAUGGGAGAACGGGGAAAAUUCUCUUGUCAGUUGAUGUCAUAACAACAAAUCAAAAUGUUCUUAUAACAAUGA